UGACCCUCGUCUUUACCUCCCACUUGUAGAAUGACGUUGAGGGAGGGAUAGUACGUUCUUUAAAUAUGGAAAAGACAAGCUGAACAUAGGCAGCAGUCCUGUGCGCUCCAAGAGUGACACAGUACUUAGAACGCAACGUGGGAGACUUGUUCGUACUCGCUGUUAGAGAUCUGCUGCGUUAUGAGAGCCGGAGAAGUUCAUUUUGGUGUAGUUAAUAGUAUCUUUGAAAUAACUCUAAUACCAGAUAGAUAGUUUACACUAAGGUCCAUCAUUGUAGUAGAAUCUCAUUUAUGUUAGAGGACGUAUUUUUAGUAGGCCUAAUUAACGCAUUGCAUUGAUUGGAAGUUAACAAGGAAGAUCUGCUUCAGAUCUUGAAGUGUCACUGAGCAAACAAGUCGGACACUGUUGAGCUUCUGCCUCUCGAGAGGAAGGAGGACGAAUCUGAAACGUCGACAAUAUGAGUGCUGACAAGAGCAAGGUGGAGGAUGAGGCCGUGGUGGACAGGGGAGCCUCCUACGUGAAGCAUGUUUGUGAUGAAGAGGAGGUGGAAGGUCACCACACUGUGUAUGUUGGCAUUCAUGUGCCCAAGAGUUAUCGCCGGCGACGACGUCACAGGAGACGGUCCAAUCACAAGGAAAAGCGUGAGAAGGUGACGGAAGGCGUGAGUGACAAAUCAGAUGCAGAAAACACAGACGAGACCACCCCCAGCAUCCUAAAACCACUCAUUUCGCCAGCCGAGCGCAUCCGCUUUAUGCUGGGGGAGGAGGACAGUGGACCCCCACCGCCACAGCUUUUCACCGAGCUGGACGAGCUGCUCGCUGUGGAUGGACAGGAGAUGGAGUGGAAGGAGACCGCUAGGUGGAUCAAGUUUGAGGAGAAGGUGGAGAAGGGGGGCGAGCGCUGGAGCAAGCCUCAUGUAGCCACACUGUCGCUGCAUAGUCUGUUUGAGCUCAAGACCUGCAUACAGAAAGGCACCAUCCUGCUGGACCUCGAGGCCGGAACCCUGCAGCAGGUGGUUGAGAUGAUAACCGACAGUCAGAUAGAAGGCGGCCUCCUUAAAGCCGAGCUCAAGGAGAAAGUCAUGUACACGCUGCUGAGAAAGCACCGGCACCAGACCAAGAAGUCCAACCUGCGGUCCCUGGCGGACAUCGGCAAAACUGUGUCCAGUGCAAGUAGGCUGUUUUCCAACCCGGAGAACGUACGUAGUCCCAAUGAAAACCCAGUGCCUUGCUUUACCACGUUCGAGACAGAAGAGCAAAUGGAGAUGCAGAGAAGCAACAGUAUGGGGCUGCUCUGUAGCCCAGCCACUGCCCACCGUAACCUCACCUCGAGCAGCCUAAACGACCUGUCAGACAAGCCAGAGAAAGACCAACUGCAGAAUAAGUUCAUGAAGAAGCUUCCACGUGAUGCAGAGGCCUCGAACGUUCUGGUGGGAGAGGUGGACUUUUUGGACGCUCCGUUUGUAGCAUUUGUGCGUCUGCAGAGUGCCGUCAUGCUGGGUGCUCUGACUGAAGUCCCUGUUCCUACCCGCUUCCUGUUUAUUCUCCUUGGACCAAAGGGCAAAGCCAAAUCCUACCAUGAGAUUGGGAGGGCUAUUGCCACUCUUAUGUCUGAUGAGGUCUUCCAUGAUGUGGCCUACAAGGCCAAGGACCGGCAGGAUCUACUGGCCGGCAUAGAGGAGUUUCUGGACGAGGUCAUUGUCCUGCCCCCUGGCGAGUGGGACCCUGAUAUCCGGAUAGAGCCUCCCAAAUCACUGCCCUCUGCCGACAAACGGAAGAACAUCUUGGCUGGAGGAGAGGGGCUCCAGAUGAAUGGGGACACACCUCACGAUGGAGGGGGUGGAGGAGGAGGCCAUCACGUCGGAGAUGAACUCAUCCGGACAGGAAAGUUUUGUGGUGGCCUAGUCUUGGAUGUCAAGAGAAAGCUGCCAUUUUUUGCCAGUGAUUUCUACGAUGCACUCCACAUCCAGGCAUUGUCUGCCAUGUUGUUCAUCUACCUUGGCACAGUGACCAAUGCCAUCACUUUUGGGGGACUGCUGGGAGAUGCUACAGAAAACAUGCAGGGUGUGUUGGAGAGUUUCGUUGGCACGGCGUUGUCGGGCGCCGUCUUCUGCCUGCUGGCUGGCCAGCCUCUCACCAUCCUGAGCAGCACAGGGCCCGUGCUCGUCUUCGAGCGCCUGCUCUUCAACUUCAGCAAAGACCACGGCUUCGACUACCUGGAAUUCCGCCUGUGGAUUGGCCUGUGGUCCGCCUUCCUGACCCUGGUCCUCGUCGCCACGGAUGCCAGCUUCCUGGUCCAGUACUUCACCCGUUUCACGGAGGAAGGCUUCUCGGCGCUCAUCAGCUUCAUCUUCAUCUACGACGCCUUCAAGAAGAUGCUGAAGCUCGCCCACCACCACCCCAUCGACUCAGACUUCGACGUGGACCGGGUCACUCAGUACUACUGCCACUGUGCCCCCCCUGACGGGAACAGUACAGGAUUACAGAAUGAAGUCCUGGAUCCAUGGGUGGUGAACAGCACUGAUCAGCAACAUCUGAAUACCACGUGGGCGUCCCUGACCAAGACCGAGUGCGCGCACUAUGGAGGUCAGCUGGUAGGGCAGGCCUGUGGGUUUGUCCCUGACAUCACCCUCAUGUCUUUUAUCUUGUUCCUGGGCACCUACGCUUGCUCCAUGGGCCUGAAGAAGUUCAAGACCAGCAGGUUCUUCCCCACUAUGGUGCGUAAGCUUAUUAGUGAUUUUGCCAUCAUUCUGGCCAUUCUCAUCUUCUGUGGAGUCGAUGCCCUGGUCGGAGUGGACACACCCAAACUCCUCGUGCCAAGCGAAUUUAAGCCAACGAGCUCUGCUCGGGGCUGGUUCGUGCCCCCCUUCGGAAAGAACCCCUGGUGGGUGUACCUGGCUGCUAGCCUCCCUGCACUGCUCGUCACCAUCCUGGUGUUCAUGGACCAGCAGAUCACAGCGGUCAUCGUCAACAGAAAGGAACACAAACUUAAGAAAGGUGCAGGGUAUCACUUGGACUUGUUCUUGGUGGCUAUUCUCAUGAUAAUUUGCUCCUUCAUGGGGCUACCGUGGUAUGUGGCAGCCACGGUCAUCUCCAUCGCCCAUAUCGACUCACUGAAGAUGGAGACGGAGACCUCUGCCCCUGGAGAGGCUCCCAAAUUCCUGGGUGUCAGGGAACAGCGAGUGACUGGCAUCAUUGUCUUCAUUCUGACUGGGCUCUCUGUGUUCAUGGCCCCAAUCCUAAAGUUUAUCCCGAUGCCUGUGCUCUAUGGAGUUUUCCUCUAUAUGGGAGUUGCAUCACUGAAUGGUGUUCAGUUUAUGGACCGUCUGCAGCUGCUUUUAAUGCCAGCGAAGCAUCAGCCUGAUCUGAUCUACCUGCGCCAUGUUCCCCUGAGACGCAUCCACCUGUUCACCUUCAUUCAAGUGCUCUGCCUGGCCCUGCUGUGGGUGCUCAAGUCCACCGUGGCAGCUAUUAUAUUCCCGGUCAUGAUCUUGGCACUGGUGGUAGUGAGGAAGGCCAUGGACUGGCUCUUCUCCCAGCAUGACCUCAGCUACCUAGACGACGUCAUGCCUGAAAAAGACAAGAAGAAGAAGGAGGAUGAGAAGAAAAAGAAGAAAAAGAAGGGAAGCAUCGACAGCAUGAUGAACGAUUCUGACUGCCAUCUCCAUGACAACAUACCAAGUAUUAAAAUCUCCAUGGAUAUGAUGGAGCAGGAGGCCAUGUUGGGCGACGAGGCCUCAGACAGAAAUAAAUCCUCCUCUCUCCUCUCUCCCUAUUGAUGGGAUGCACUUUUUCCAACCCAAGUCCAAGUUCAGUAAGCUUGGAAACCCCUUCAAGAACUCUGUGCCUCAGAUUAGGAUAGACCUGGAGCCAGAAGAGGAGCGCUAUUUCUGGAAAGCUCCAUCCUCGGAAACGUCUCUCUGAAGCCACAUGCUGUCCUGCCAGACUUAUCUCACACAACUCUACUGAAGGACUCUUUAAAAGCAAUGCUCUAGUCGUUAGUCGUUAGUCAUAUUGAAUGAGUUAGUGGAAUGCUGUAUGGCAGUGGUGAGAGAAUGAAGAUGUAAUCAUUUUGAAGCUUAAAAUCUGAAAGCCGUACCUCUCCUUGACACUAUGCAGAACAAAUGGGAAGGUAUCGGGGUGUGUAGCUCUUGAAAAUCACUGUAGCGAAGGUAUUUGUGACAUUGCAAAUGCUUACAUGUGCACAUACUGUAGUACUGUAUGACUUUUAGGAUUUAUUUUAUUUUAUUUUAUUAAUUUUUGAUUGCUUUACAAAACCAACUUAUCCAAGGAGUUCAAAUCUCUUCUAAGGUCAGUAUUGGUCACAAAGAACACCAUGAUGUGUAUGUAAGGUUAAUUCAGCUCACUGUAAAAUGUCUUCAUUAUUCCUUUUCUCUUAUUUAUUUAAUUAUUUUACUAUGCAAACUAUUCCUUUUGUGGAGCCAAAGUGGUUUGUGAGAAACAGGUCUACUGUUUGUAUGUAUACAUUUUAUUGGAACUUUUCCUGUGUUUGAAGACACAGUCCUGGUGUUUCCUGUAGUGGGGAAGUGUACACAUUUUUUUUGUAGCUCUACCUCUUGUAAUCUUGACUUUUAGGUGCCAGCCAUUCAAAGUCUGAGGACAAACAUUUAUUUAUGCAACCAUGUAUGCAUUUUAAAUUCAUAUGAUCUGGGUUUUUCUUGAUUUUUUUAAACAUUGGCUCAGUACUGGAUAUUUCUUUUUUAAGAUUCUCUCUAAGAUUUCAAGCAUGUAAUAAACUAAGAGAUUAUUUGUAUAAAACAACACUAUGUGACCCUGGCGUAUCAUAUGUUGUUGAAACAUCAAACAUCAACAACUGAUUUGUUUUUGUCUACGUACUUUGGAGUUGUUAAUUACUUUCAUUUUAUUAUUGUCUGUGGGGAUUUUUAAUGUAUUAUUUUUUAAGAAGUGAUUUAGAUACAGUAUUGUCUUUUUUACUUGCAUAACUAAUUGAUUAUUGACUGUGAGGUUGUAAAGCACAGAGGAGGUUGUUGGUAUGUUAUUUGCUGCAAGUACAAAUGUGGUGUAGGUAAAAGAAAUGUAAUCCUCAGCAAAGGGUGACAAUCACUGAUCAGCAUACAUUACCUGCCAUGUAGCACUUCAGUCCAGCUGAUUCAGUAACAUUGGGCAAGUCUCUACAAUCUUAAUAUUAUACCCUGUGAUUUACACAAGGUGAUGUCAACCAUAGAUUUAAAUUAGGCAUGUCAUACAAAUGUGACUAGAUUUGUUUAAGGUCUUGUGAGCAAUAUUCACAAGAUUAGGAUUGAUUUGAAGGAUCAUGUUCCAGAGCUCUGUUCAAUAUUAUUCUACAAUAUUCAGCACAGUAAUCCUUACAUAGGUCAUCUGUCAGCAGCUGUAUUUGUGUGUAUUUUCUCUGCCUACUGUAUUAUACCAUAUCACCACUUUGUGACAAUGAAGGUAUUGUAAUUCAAAUUAAUUAAUCAAAACACCCAUUGCUGGUUUAAAGAAUCAAGUGCAGUAAUCUAUAACGUGAUGCGUUGUGCACAGGAAGUAAUCAAACCAGAUGAAUACAAUAAUCAAGAUGUGACAGUUUUGUAGCAUCUUUGAAGGACUACACACCUCUGAUCAAAAGUUUUUUAUUGACAUUCAUAUAUUAACUUGAGAUGUAUGUCAUAAAUAAAAUGACUGAUAAAAUGAAA